UUUUUUUUCUUUGUCAUUUUCUCUCUCCGAGUGCCAAUGUGUCCCACCCGGCUCGCUGUCAGCGGCUCUGUGUGAAGCGGUAGCCUCCGCCCAGAACCUCAGAACCGCCCCAGCCAGGCUCCGCGGCCGCGGCGGCUUCUCCUCUUCAGAAUGACGGACAAUAUUCCCCUGCAGCCUGUCCGGCGGCCUAAGAGAAACAACAGUAAACACAGGCAUGGAUGCUGCCCAUGGUCCAAAUGUUGCGGCAUGUGCGACUUCCGACCCCGCACGGUCUGGCUCGGCCAUCCAGAAAAGCGGGAGCAGAGGUACCCCCGGAAUGUCAUUAACAACCAGAAGUACAACUUCUUCACCUUCCUGCCUGGGGUGCUUUUCAAUCAGUUCAAGUACUUCUUCAACUUGUACUUCUUGCUCCUGGCCUGCUCUCAGUUUGUGGAGGAGCUACGCUUGGGUGACCUCUACACCUACUGGGUCCCUUUGGGUCUGGUCUUGACAAUCACUAUCAUAAGAGAGGCCGUUGAUGAAAUUAGAUGCUACAUUCGAGACAAAGAGGUGAACUCUCAGAUCUACAGCAAGCUGUCAACAAGAGGCACGGCGAAAGUCAAAAGCAGCAAUAUUCAAGUGGGAGAUCUUAUAAUAGUGGAAAAGAACCAGCGUGUUCCUGCUGACAUGAUCUUUUUAAGGACCUCAGAGAGAAAUGGCUCCUGUUUCCUACGCACUGACCAGCUAGACGGGGAGACAGACUGGAAGCUGCGCCUCCCAGUGGCAUGCACACAGAGACUACCAACUGCUGCAGACCUUCUACAGAUCCGUUCCUAUGUGUACGCAGAAGAGCCAAACAUCGAUAUCCAUAAUUUUAUUGGAACUUUCACCAGGGAGGAUGGCGACCCCCCAAUCAAUGAAAGCCUUAGCAUUGAGAACACGCUGUGGGCCAGCACAGUGGUUGCCUCAGGCACAGUAGUGGGGCUGGUGAUUUAUACUGGCAAAGAGUUGCGCAGCGUCAUGAAUACUUCCAACCCGAGACACAAGGUGGGCUUGUUUGACCUGGAGGUGAACUGCUUGACUAAGAUCCUUUUUGGGGCCUUGGUGGUAGUUUCUCUCGUCAUGGUGGCUCUGCAGCACUUUGCUGGACGCUGGUACCUACAGAUCCUGCGCUUCCUGCUGCUCUUCUCCAACAUUGUGCCGAUCAGUCUGCGUGUCAAUCUGGAUAUGGGAAAAAUGGUUUUCAGUUGGAUGAUCAAGAAGGACUCAAAGAUACCUGGCACGGUGGUGAGAGCCAGCACUAUACCCGAACAGCUGGGGCGCAUCUCUUACCUACUGACUGACAAAACAGGAACCCUCACCCAAAAUGAAAUGGUGUUUCGGCGCCUCCACCUUGGGACUGUGGCGUACGGAAUGGACUCUAUGGAUGAAGUGCAGAGCCAUGUGUUCAGUGCCUACACACAGCCCACUCAUGACCUUCCAGCCUCCAGGACCCCAGUGACCACAAAGGUUCGCAAGACCAUCAGCAGUAGAGUUCACGAGGCGGUGAAAGCCAUCGCGUUGGUGCACAACGUGACACCAGCAUACGAGUCCAACGGCGUGACAGACCAGGCUGAGGCAGAACAGCACUACGAAGACACCUGCAGGGUGUACCAGGCCGCCAGCCCCGAUGAGGUGUCGCUAGUGCAGUGGACAGAGAGCGUUGGGCUGACGCUGGUGGGAAGAGACCAGUCUUCCAUGCAACUCCGUACCCCGAAUGGCCAAAUAAUGAACUUCAGCAUCCUGCAGAUUUUCCCAUUCACGUAUGAGAGCAAGAGGAUGGGUAUCAUUGUGCGAGAUGAAUCAACUGGAGAGAUCACAUUCUACAUGAAGGGUGCGGAUGUGGUGAUGGCCGGCAUCGUCCAGUAUAACGAUUGGCUGGAAGAAGAGUGUGGGAACAUGGCAAGGGAAGGUCUCCGGGUCCUGGUUGUCUCCAAGAAAUCCCUGACUGAGGAGCAGUAUCAGGAUUUUGAGGCACGCUACAUCCAGGCCAAGCUCAGUGUGCACGACCGCUCCCUUAAGGUUGCCACUGUGAUCGAAAGUCUGGAAAUGGAGAUGGAGCUCCUGUGUUUGACUGGCGUGGAGGAUCAACUGCAGGCCGAUGUCAGGCCCACUCUGGAGAUCCUUCGCAAUGCAGGCAUCAAGGUUUGGAUGCUGACAGGAGACAAGUUGGAAACGGCCACAUGUACUGCUAAGAACGCCCACCUGAUCACCCGCAACCAGGACAUCCACAUCUUCAGACCAGUGACUACGCGAGGAGAGGCCCAUCUGGAACUCAACGCCUUCAGGAGGAAACAUGACUGUGCUUUGGUGAUAUCAGGGGACUCACUUGAGGUUUGUCUCAAGUACUACGAAUACGAGUUCAUGGAACUGGCGUGUCAAUGUCCCGCUGUGGUCUGCUGCCGCUGCGCUCCCACCCAGAAGGCCCAGAUCAUCCGGCUGCUACAGGAGCGGACGGGCAAGCUCACCUGUGCUGUAGGAGAUGGAGGAAACGAUGUCAGUAUGAUCCAGGAAGCCGACUGUGGCGUGGGAGUGGAGGGAAAAGAAGGCAAACAGGCCUCGCUGGCCGCAGACUUCUCUGUGACUCAAUUCAAACAUUUGGGUCGUCUCCUGAUGGUUCAUGGACGGAACAGCUACAAGAGGUCUGCAGCACUCAGUCAGUUUGUCAUCCACAGGAGCCUUUGCAUCAGCACCAUGCAGGCCGUCUUUUCAUCUGUCUUCUAUUUUGCUUCAGUGCCACUCUAUCAAGGAUUUCUCAUUAUUGGCUACUCUUCCAUCUACACAAUGUUCCCUGUCUUCUCCCUGGUGUUGGACAAAGAUGUUAAAUCCGAGGUGGCCAUGUUAUAUCCCGAGCUAUACAAAGACCUGUUGAAGGGUAGACCUCUAUCCUUUAAGACAUUUCUAAUAUGGGUUUUGAUAAGUAUUUAUCAAGGCAGCAUCAUCAUGUACGGGGCACUGCUGCUCUUCGAGUCCGAGUUCGUCCACAUUGUGGCCAUCUCCUUCACGUCGCUCAUCCUCACCGAGCUGCUCAUGGUGGCGCUGACCAUUCAGACGUGGCACUGGCUCAUGAUGGUCGCUGAACUCCUCAGCUUGGCCUCUUACGUGGCGUCGCUCGUCUUCCUGCACGACUUCAUUGACGUGUACUUCAUCACUACACCGUCGUUCCUGUGGAAGGUGACAUCCAUCACGCUGGUCAGCUGCCUGCCCCUCUACAUCCUCAAGUACCUGCGGAGGCGCUUUUCCCCGCCUAGCUACUCCAAACUCACCACUUAGAUCUACCUUAUUUGACCUGGACACCUUUAACAGAAACGUCAAAGCCUAAGUUCUAAACAAUUGUGGGUUUGUUGCCUCUAUGUAAUAAAUAUGACAUGUUGUUAAUUUAUUCAUGCACGUUUUUUUUUUUUUUUUUUAAGAAUGCCAUUGAGGUUAGUGGCAUUUUUACAUGAACAUUUGCCCCCUUUAGUAGCAGUAGCAGUUUUAUUGCUGCACAUGGGACUUUAUUCUUACUCUACCCAAACUGUGAAUUCUAAAAGGAGUUCCAGAAUUAUACGCUUCAAAACCAGUCGAGGUGCCAUAAAAGUCACGUUUGUUUAUGUCAGGCAGCGGAGGCGGCCAAUGUCAGGGGGCCCGUAGUGUCCGAGGCUAAAUUGGUCGUAGUGUAUUUCUAUAGUGCCCCCACACCCCCGGGACUGCUGGUUAUUGUGGGCCCUUUGCCUCGUCAUGUGGUGGUGACCUAAAGCCAUAAAAAAAAAAAAUCAAAUUAAAUAAAGCAGCCCUUUUACUGGCCUCAACUAAAAGGGAUUAUCAUGUCAAAGCAAAAUCUUUGUUAAUAUUGUCAAUAUCUUUUUUUGUUUACUUUCUCCUAGUGAUGUAGUGAAUCUUAUUGUCUUUGACCUACCAGUACUGUUUUAUGAAAUUACUAUUUAAAAAAUAUAUCUAUUUAUUUUGCGAUUAAUGUGGAAAGCAUGACAUAGAUGCUUGUAAAUAACUUCUUUUAAUUUUUAUGUAUUAACCUUUUUUUAAACACCGUUGGUUGUAAUGGGACGAGCCGAACAAAAAAUGUAAUUAUUGUGUUGAUAGUUAAUAAAUUGCUUGGUUUGUUU